AUGAGCACACUUUGUUGUUGUAUUCUUUUUACACCAGACUUCAGCGAAAUCAAGGAUUCAAUUGUCUCUUAUAAUCAUCUCAUAUUCGAUUUUGAUACACAUGAAUUGGUUGUUGAAAGUUUAUCAAAUGAACUUCCGCGUCAUUCGAACUAUGAUUCUCUUUUGUACGAUUGUGUUCGAACAUUACAACGUUCGAUUCCGCAAGAAAAUCCAAUUUUAUUCUAUCGGGUUGCUAUUAAAAAAUUGGUUGAAACAACAAAAGGUUUCAAUCAUGCAUCAUAUCAAUGUUCUUAUCCAGCAAUUGAAAUCGAUCAAUUUUCAUUUCUUGAUUAUACAUAUUUAUCACAUGUUCACUUAGCAAUUAGUCAAAAUAAUGAUCAUGUAUUUGUUUUAGCAACAUAUGGUGGAGUCGCUGCUCUAUAA